AUGAAGUUCCUCCUCCUUUUCCCUCUCGUGCACGCCGGCGUGCUGGCCUGCACGACGGCCCCUGCAUCUGCAUGUCAAGUCCUGUCGUCGCCCUCGAGGCCGGUCGGUCGGUGGUGUCUGCCGAGUACGUUGGUCCGUUCGCGUGGAGCGUUGCCGGGUGUGAUGCGGCUCGCAGCGAGUGAUGCUGUUGGUGUGGCCGUUGGCGCAAUGCUGCUCGCUCGUAGGGCGUGGUCGUGGUGUGGGUGGCAUGGUCUGUUGCUGUUGCUAACCGCAGCUUCUAGUGUGGAGGACGCGCUGGAUCGACGGUGCGGGGCCACCCUCCAGUUCGACAAUCCGGACUUCCUCCCCGUCAGCUAUGCCUUCGAGGCCAUUCCCUGCUCAGGUCGCAGGGUCGCCAGCUUUGUGGCAAUGCGCGGGAUUACCGCCAACGUGCUCUCGCGCCACGAUCGCCGGAGGCCGCGGCGACCCCCACCUGCCACUGGUGAAUGUCGGCCGGAUUGGGUGCGUGUCGGAGUCGGUGGUGACACGGAGUACGCUGGCGACAAUCGUGCGGUCGUCGACGACGUUUGUCUCGACGGUGCCGACGCUGGUGACGCAGACGACGACCGACUUUCGCGUCGCGUUGAGCAGCGCACCCUGGUUCGAGCAGCGUGCCAGGCUCAGGCAGCAACCUGGUUCAAGCAGCGCCCCGGCUCCAAACAGGGCAAAGGCCCGGGCGAACCACGGGACGAGCACGGAAGGAUCGGCGGACGGGCGCCCCCCCCCAACGGGGGGCGAUGUUUUUCGGGGGUCGGGGAUCCCUGGCCUUCGGCCACCAUCCCUCCCCAAGGGUUGCAGGCAUCACCAACCAGCGAGCCACACGUCCUUCGACCAGAACCGGGCCAAGGCGGGGCGCAUCGCCCCCCUCCGGCUGGCGCGCCCCUAGACGGACAGACCACACCCGGCGCGCAAGCGAGCGUGCCCCCGGCGGCGUCGUCGUCGUCGUCGUCGCUCUUCCAGGUCAGCAUGGCGUCCAAGGUCGUGCCAUCUACGGGUCUGACUGUGGUCGCCACGGUUGUGUCGACGCUGGUGUCGACCAUGACCGUCGUCCAGACCGUGACGGCCAGCUGCUCCGCGAGGACCGUUCUACGCAGCUAUCUCCCGCCUGAUUGUAUCACUGUCUUUGGCUUCCUCGUCCUCUCCUGCCCAUCUUCCGCCCUCCUGCCCACCUUUCGCCCUCCUGCCCACCUUUCGCCCUCUCCUGCCCAUUUUCUCGCACUGCUCGCCCUCCUCCUCUUCCCCCUCCUCGCCUUCCCUUCCACAUGGCUCAUCUGCCGUCGCUCCGGCCGUCCAACGGCACGCGAGACCCUCGCUGUAUCUGUCCGUCUGGCUUCCAACUUCUUCGUCUUGAGAGACUUGAGGGAUGCGGAGACAAUACUCCGGGGGGCGGAACCUCGCAGUUCUUCCCACCCGGGCCACAUGCCCAUCGUGACCCGUUGA